AAAGCCAUAAUCCACGGCUGCUUUGGGACAAGUAAGUCCCGAUUUUACCCCUUGGCACCAUUUCGUUUACCAUCCUCGACUCCUCGUUCUCUUCAAAGAUUUGGCCUCUUCUCCUUCCAGCCUGCUUUUUAUAAAAUCAGCGUCAGUGUAUUCGUCACCUACUAAACCCUAAGCCGUUCAAUCCGCUCAAUCUGACUAUUGAUCUAGCAUUCAACGAGUCAAGUAACCAUGAGCAGAAUCAGGAGAAUCGAGAUCAUCGACCCCUACUAUCCCUCUUUCUCCGUCAGAGAAACCUCCAUUUUCACCCCCAAAACCGUAACCUUACCCUCAUUUGUAAUUGAAGAGCCAGAGCCUGACUUUAACUUUGCUCUCGAUCUCCUAAAUCCUACCCGUAGCCCAUUCGAGCUCUUUGACACCUAUACUGAUCUGAUCCAUGUAGAGAGAACGCCGUCAUUUUGCUCCUACAAGAGGAUUCAUCAGCGAGUGGGGACCGAGCUGAGCUUGCUGACUCUGUGCGACCGAGUCUCCGAGCUCGAGUCCAAAUUUGACCGGCUGUUAAACGCGAAGGUUAGUGCUGCCGGCGACAGGAAAUACACAUGGACGGCGGACAUCAAGGGUCCAUUAGAGAGGAAGUACAAGUUGACAGCGGAGAUCAAAGAAGAGAAGAAGAAGAAAGAAGAGAAGAAGGCGGGGAUCGAGAAGAACUAUAAGUGGACGGCUGAGAUUAAGGGCAAAGGAAAGAAUGGAUUGCGGUCUUACACGUUCAAAGCAUCAAGUGGCGAUGCAGGGGAGAGUAGCGGAUCAGAUGAGGAGGAUGAGAAGGAGAAGAAGAAGAUUGGUAAGAAAGAGAAGCAGGGAAAGUGUGCCACGCGUCUGGUGCAGAUUGAAGAGCCCUCUGAUCAUGGGGCUAUCGUUUUAAGACAGGCAUUUGCCAAGAGAACUGGUGCUGUUAAAAGUGCAAAGGGCAAGCAGAAGGAAUUGUCUUCUCAAGAUGCUGCUUUGAUGAUCCAGAUGUCUUUUAGAACUUAUCUGAUUCGUAGGUCACAGGCUCUUCGUGCACUUAGAGACCUGGCAGUUGCCAAGGCCAAGCUGAAGGAGAUUAGGGCCUUGUUCAACAACUUCUCCUACCGCAAACGCAUAGCUGGUGAUGCAGCGGAGCGUCAGAGGUUCUCUGAGAAAAUCAUUGUACUACUUCUUACUGUUGAUGCCAUUGAGGGUGCUGAUUUGAUGGUGCGAGCUGCGAAGAGAUCAAUGAUAGAUGAGCUUGAAGCGAUACUUGAUGUGUUGGACCCACAGCCCACUGGUAAAUCACUAUCAAUGAGAAGGAGAACAUUUGAUAUGCCUGAUAGUGUCAUCAGGAAGGAAAUUGCAGAAGGUGUGGCACAGGUUGUCCGAAUGCUUGAUAAUGAAGAGAAGAAUGGCAGCACCUUUGAGGCAUGCCUGUGAAGACGUGCUGCUGUAAUAAGCCAGCCCAUUUGGGUUUUCUAGUAUUCUUGCUUGUUUGUUAGGAAUGAAACAUGUUUGUUAGAGGAGAGACGAUCUUGCGCUCUAUUGAUAGAGCUGUGUUGUGUAUGCUUGAACUUUUCCCACUAUCUGUAUGUUUGCGAGGGUGUGCUGUGCUUUAGACUGGUAUUUGGAAGCUUUGAGCCAUCUGGAAUUACCCUUCUCAAGUAAGUGCCAAACUCUCCCUUUCCUCGUCUUUCUUCUUUCUUUGGGGCAUAAGAUUUUAUUUUAUUU